AAUGAAGAAGUAGAUGAGUUAGCAAAAAGCACCAUAGAAGAAAAGAAAAAUAAGAAAAAAGAAAAGAAGAAGAAGAAGAAGAACAAGAAGAAAAGAAGAAAAAGAAGAAGAAGAAGAAAAGAAGAAGAAGAAGAAGAAAAAGAAGAAGAAGAAGAAGAAAAAGAAGAAGAAGAAGAAGAAGAAGAAGAAGAAAAAGAAGAAGAAGAAAAAGAAGAAGAAAAAGAAGAAGAAGGAGAAGAAGAAGAAGAAGAAGAAGAAGAAGAAGAAGAAGAAGAAGAAGAAGAAGAAGAAGAAGAAGAAGAAGAAGAAGAAGAAGAAAAAGAAGAAGAAGAAGAAGAAGAAGAAGAAAAAGAAGAAAAAGAAGAAGAAGAAAAAAAAGAGCGAAUUUUUGUGUUCGUUGCUUUCUUAGCCGUAGCUCAUGCUGGAGUUAUAUCUCCAGGAGUUGGUGCUAUAGUAGACAACUCCCAGUACACCUUCGGUUACAGCGUGGAUGAUCCUUUCACCGGUGACAGCAAAGCCCAAGUCGAAACCAGAAAUGGAGGAUAUGUACAAGGUUCCUAUUCCUUGAACGACCCUGAUGGCACCCGUCGUACCGUAGAUUACACCGCCGACGAUAUCAACGGCUUCAACGCAGUUGUAAGAAAAACUCCCCAAUUCCGGACUGCUCACGUAGUGGCUCCAGCAGUCGAAACCAGAGUAGCAUCAGUAGUUCCGGCCGUAAGCGUUGCCAACGUUGCUCACGUAUCCGGUGUAUCGCACGUCGCCAACGUUGCUCCUGCCUACCACGUAGCCAGUGUUCAGCAUGUCGCGCCUGUAGUCAAUGUAGCUCAUUCCAGCGUUGCAUCAGAUGUAUCCGCUUUAAAGUCCGUAUCCAACGUAUCUCCUGUUGAAUCGAAUGUUAUUUCUGAUGAUACAGUAGAAGUUGGUUCUCCAGUAGCCCAGUUAUCUGGUGUUUCAGCAGCUAACGUAGUGCCAGAAACCAGAUAUACCGAGACUGGUAACAGCGUUGUACACAAUAUCCCACUUAGAUAUACUACCUAUUCAGUUCCCGCUGUGAGACAUUAUUCAUACUCGGCAGUACCUUAUAGUUACGGUUUAAUAAACCAACCUUACUAUUCAUCAGUUCCUUACUACAGAAGCAUCUAUGACUAUUAAACUUUUUUAAAAACUACACCGCACAUACUUCAAUGUUCCAUAGGAUUCGUUAUUUGAAUCGAUUUUCCCAUCUUCUAUUUUGUACAUUUUGAAAAUAAAC